UAACGAUUAGUAUUAGUACACAUCCGCGCAGGCGCUUUGUAGUGACGUGACGUAAUUGUCCAUUCAUAAUUUUUGUUCAUUCAAUAAUUUGAUGAACUUUAUUUUGAGAUACUUUGAAGAGGUGUACAAGUUAACUAAAGCAAAGCCCAAUUAGUAUUCGCGUUCUACGCAUAAUAAUUAUCUUCAAAAAUGUACAUUUAUAAGAGUUAAACUUUAGAGUGCAUUCAUUGAUAAAAUAAUGCAUUAGUUGCGCACAUGCGCAAUGCAAGCGGCAACAUCCAUCUGUGUGUGUGUGAUGAUAAACCGUGUUGGAAAAUGUGGAUAAAUGAGACUAACAUAGUGUUUUUGUACGAAUGGAUUUCAAGCGCUCAGUAAAUACAUCCGAAGAAAGACUUGAACAGAACAUUACGACACUCCGGAAGUGGCGGGACAGGCUCAGGCUCGUUCCGAAAGAGAUAACAGCGGAUGAAAGAGAUAAACAGUAAUGGAUUUAACAUGGCGGACGAUAUGCGUAAAGUGCGAGUCGAAGAACGAUUAAAAAUAAAGAUCGGUGAAGCCAAGAACUUGCCGGCGCGCAGCCAUGGCGCAGCGUGCCACCGGGACAUCUACUGCGUGCUGUCACUCGACCAGGAGGAGAUCUUCCGCACCUCCACAAUGGAGAGGACUCUUAAUCCCUUUUUCGGCGAGGAGUUCCAGUUCGAAGUGCCACGUAGAUUUCGAUACCUUUCCAUAUACGUGUUCGAUCGGGAUAAGCACCUCAAGCAGGAUCGAGUGCUCGGCAAAGUGGCCAUCAAAAGGGAAGACUUGCACCGGUACAACAACAAGGACCACUGGUUCGCGCUGCGGCCAGUGGACGCGGACUCGGAGGUGCAGGGCAAGGCCUACAUCGAUCUGUCGCUGGAGGACUCGAGAAAGCGGCUGCGCAUGGAGCCCAAGCCGCCGGACCCCGACCCCGGCGCGGAUAACUGCCCGUCCAAAGCGAACAAAGGAAAGAAUCUCGGGAGGCUUUCGGAGUACUGUAAGGAGAGCAUGCGAUUCGGCUCGUGUUCGAGUUCGACUAGCAAAAAGCUCCUGAGCGCCGUUGCGACUGAACCUGCUAUGUCGCUCUCGCGUUCGGAGAGCCUGAAGGACCGGGCGCAGUGGGCGGUGCGGGCCAAGCCGCCUAUGCACGCCAUGUCCGAGUCGGACACGUCGCCCUCGCCGACCGCCGCCGACUACUGGUCGGACCCCGAGCGGCACUGCGCCGCGCGACAAGGGCCCGACACCAUCCGCCUGCGGGUGCUCGAAUGCUCAGAGCUCACCACGAAAAACGGACAGUGCGAUCCCUUCGCUCUCGUCACCAUACUUUAUUCGAACGGACGAAGAGUCGAAAGACGCACUAAACCUAAAAAGAAAACUGUUAAUCCUCAGUUUGAUGAAAUAUUCUGCUUCGAUCUCGUUUUGGAGGCGGACCCGAAAGACAAGGAUGGCUCGCAAUCGGCGGGCGUGGCGAGCGAGGCGCGCGUGUCGGUGUGGCACGACGCGGCCACGCCGGUGUUCCUGGGCGAGGUGCGGCUGCAGCUGCGGCAGCCGGCUCCGGCGCCGAGGGCCUGGUUCUUCUUGAGCGCGCGCGCGGGCGGCGCGGCGUCGCGCGGCGCCACGCCGCCGGGCACGCGGCUGUCGGCGGCGGGCGGCGCCGCGCUCGGCUCGCUGCGCCUGCUGCUGCAGUACACCGUCGACCACGUCUUCCCCAUACAACACUACCGCCGCCUCGAGGAGCUCUUCCUUAUGAGUGUCACACAGAAGCCCAUAACCACGUCGGCGGUGUACAUCUUGGGGGAGAUCGUGGCGAGUAAGACGGACGCGGCGCAGCCGCUGGUGCGGCUGUUCACGCACCACGACCUCAUCGUGCCCGUCGUUCGGGAACUCGCCGACGCGGAGAUAUCUGUGCUUACGGACGCGACGACGAUAUUCCGUGGCAACACGCUGGUGUCCAAGAUGAUGGACGAAGCCAUGCGGCUGAGCGGCGCCGCGUACCUGCGCUCGGUGCUGCGGCCGACGCUGGCCGCCGUGCUGGCCGACCGGCGGCCCUGCGAGAUCGACCCCGCGCGCGUCAAGCCCGCAGCCGCCGUGCAGCCCAACCUCGCCAACCUCAACCACUACGUACAGAGGGUGUUCGACUCGAUAACGUCCUCGUACGCGAUGUGCCCGGCGGUGAUGUGCCGCCUGUUCGAGGCGCUCCGGCAGAGCGCCGCGCGGCACUUCCCGCACAACGCGGAGGUGCGCUACUCGGUCGUCUCCGGGUUCAUCUUCCUGCGCUUCUUCGCGCCCGCCAUACUCGGCCCGAGGCUCUUCGACCUUACCACCGAACAAAUUGACCCGCAAACGAACCGGACGCUGACGCUGAUCUCUAAGACGAUCCAGUCGCUGGGCAACCUGGUCAGCAGCCGCUCGGCGCAGCAGGUCUGCAAGGAGGAGUACAUGGCCGAGCUCUACCGCAGCUUCUGCACUCCCCGACACGUGCAAGCAAUAAAACAAUUCCUGGAGAUAAUCUCGACGAGUACAGACACGCAGAGCAGCAGUGUGCAGGAGUCGCCCGUGCUGCUCAAGGAGGGGACGAUGAUCAAGCGGUCGGAGGGAGUGCGCGGCGGCGUGGGGUCGCCGCGGCGGCGCUGGGCGCGCGCGGCGCAGGCGCACGCCAAGCGGCGCCACUUCCGCCUCACCAGCGGCGAGCUGACGUGGUCGCGGUGCGGCGCGAAGGCCGCGGCGCACCGGCUGCCGCUGGCGGGCGUGCUGGCCGUGGCGCCCGUCGACUGCCCCACUGCCGGCGCGCCGCUCGGUGCCAACAACAUUUUCCAAAUAGUGCACCGCGAGCGCGUGCUGUUCGUGCAGGCGAGCAACUGCGUGGAGCGCGCCGAGUGGGUGCGGCUGCUGACGGCGCUGUGCCGGCACUCGCCCGCCUCGCCGCCGCACAAGGGCUACUACGCCGACACCGAGUGGACGUGCUGCGGUCGUCGCGAGGCGGAGGCGGAGGGGUGCGGCGGGUGCGAGGCCACGGAGGCGGGCGAGCGCGAGACGCUGCGCGGGCCGGCGGCGCUGGCGCUGCGGCUCGACCCCGCGCGCGACCUGCAGCGCCUGCACGCGCUGCUCGUGGCGCACGCCGCGCCCAUCGACGCGCGCGCCCUAGCGUUACAAGAAGGGCCACCGUCGGAAGAGCGCGACGCGGAGGCGGCCACGCUGCGCGAGCUGCAGGAGGCCAUGUUCGACCUGGAGCACCGCCACCGCGUCUACCACCGCUCGCUCGCGCGCGAGACCAAAUACGGCAGCAAGCAAGCUCCCAUCGGUGACGACAAUUACCUUCACCUUGCGGGCGCCGGGUCGGGUAUGUCGGGCAUGGGCGGCGGCGAAGGCGGCGCCUUCCUGUGGCGCGCGUGGCGCAGCGAGCCCAGCCCCGACGCCGCCGCGCCGCCGGCGCCGCUCCACGGCUCGCUCGACGUCGCGUCCAGCACCGAGUCGCUCAAGCUGUCGCGGCACAUCGACGAGCGGUCUUCCGGCAAGUCCAACAAGUCCACGGGGAGCGGCUAUUUGACUAUGUCUUGCCUCAAGCAGGAGCCCUCCGAGGACAGCGACAACUCGGCCGGUAAACCUGCGCGACCGCCCAAACCUGCGCGACUCUCGCCCUCGCGCGCCACGCUCGCGUCCCACGCCGCCGAUUGGCCGCCGCUCAGCGAGUACGUCGACGUCGAGUUGAAGCCGCCCGAGCGGAGGCCCAAGUCCGACGCCAACUCGCCGAAACGGCAGGACUCCGACCCGUCCUAUCGCUGCAAAGAGUACGAGUUGAUGGCGAAUUUCAUGAGCCAUGCGGCCUCACCUGCGGGCGAGGAGGCGCCGCCUGCCGUACCUCCGCGGGGGCACGCGACGCAGCGCGCGCGGUUGCACCCCAAGCCGGAGCGCGCACCCGCCGCGCCGCGCCGCGGCUCGGCCGGCAGCCUGCCCGACCCCGACUCGCAACCCGCGGAGCCGCGGCCCGCCAGUAAACUGGAUACGCUGUCUAAUGACGACAGCUUGCUCGACGAACUUCAGCGGGACGCCUACUGCGUGCUCAAGGUGUGCGAGGACGAGUCCGGGAACGAUUCCAGUGAAAUUACAGAAGAACCGGAUCGGAAAGAGAAAGAAGAUUAUGGAAUAUUUUCUAGAAUUAGUAUCCAGCGAAAGUCUAACCCUAUAAAAACCCAAUCGAAUCCCAUGAAACCACUAAAAACGUCAAGUUCCACCUCGAACGUUCAUGAUACUGGAUCUAAUUCCUCUCGACCGUUUGCGGAGCGGCUGACGCCUUUUUUCCUGAAGAAAAAGUCGAAACCGCCGGAAGAUAUACAAAGUACGAACAAAUCUUCGCGAAAGGAGGAUAACCUAAUCGGUCGCCUGACGCCGCGAUUUGGACAGUCACGGCUGUACGGGCGCGGGCAAUCACUAGAGCUUGCGCCCUCCGAGACGCGCACGAAACGCAUCGAGCGCUCCGCCACUACUGUUAAUCUUCCAACGAGACCGAUAAACUCAUCAAUAGUGGCAAAUCUCAAGUUUCUUAGUCUGCACCGGUACGGUGCUCAGGAUGACGUGCAGUGCCGCACGUUCGUCCGUAGCGACGAAGCAGAGCUGCCGGCCCCAAGCGGAGCGACGCGCGAGCCGCCCGCGAGCGCCUCGCCUGCGGCGGCGGCGGGCGCGCCGCCGGGGGGGGGCGCGAGCGAGGCGCUGGACUUGCCCGACGCGGCGUGGCGCCCCGCCGCGCACCAGCACGGCCCGCUGCUGGCCGCCGCCACCAGCGACAUCCGGCUCUAGGCCCCGCGCGGCUCCUCUACUGCUCUCGCGUGCGCACUGUCGCUCCUCGUGAUAAAGGAUGCGAUCGAUACGGUUCUAUUGUAAAGUUAAUGGUAGGCUAGAGAUGUAUUUAUUUCUAUGAUAUUUUUUGAACUCCUUUUCGUCGACCUGAAGCGUGUGCCUCCUCUAGUAUGUAGUUUUCUGAAAGAAUACUGGUAUGGUUAAGUCUAAAUGAUAGCAUUAAUACUCAAAAGGUGCCAAGUGUUGUAUGACGUCGCCGGCGCAUUCAACUCUCAUUCCUGUAGCACAAUAAUAAGUGGAAAUCUUAAUGUUGUUGUAUAAGACUUAGUUAUGUUAUACAUAUACGUAUAGCGUCUUUAUCGCUUGUAAUUUGUAACAUAUUAGUCUUGAAUUAGAAAUAUUGAAUGUUAUAUGUUUUAUUCACAAUACUUCAAAUAUAUGUAUUUUUGUUUGACUUAUUUGCCAACGAAUGCAAUGAAAUAAUAUGUGUAUAAAUGACACACAAGUAAACCCCACUUGCCGCAUAGCACGGAUAUUUGAGUACAAGGACUGUCGCUGUUGUCGGAGGGGUGGAAGCGUCGCGUCGGCUGCAGAGUGCUGUAUUCAGUUAUGGCAUUCGUAUGUAGCGGAAUAGAGAUCUUAUGAACUCACAAUUGCAUUGUGAUCUUGUCAAUUGUUUCAAGCAAUAUACUAUUUCAUGUUUUGCUUUACUAUUAGCCUGUGUACUUAAGGAUCGAUGUGGCUUAAUAUAU